AUGAUGGAAGCAGCCAAGGAAGCAACCUCAAAAGCCGCGCAAACCGGGAAAGAGCUGGAGCAAAAGGUUGAAGAGAAGUUGAUACUACUAUGGGACGAACUCUCGCCAUGGCAGCAAGACAACCACUACAUUCAGUCGGGAUACCGCGCUCAAUCCAACUCAUUUGUCAAGUCCUGGAAGAGUCUCGGAUAUCUGCACAACGAAACCGUCAACAUCUACACCCAUCUCAUCGGAGCUGUGAUGGCUGCCAUCUCCUCCGUCGCACUCUACAAUACGUUGUCACCUCGUUAUGACACAGCGACGCAAGAAGAUGUCUGGGCCUUUAGCUGCUACUUCGCAGGAGCUGUAGCAUGUCUGGGCAUGAGCGCGACGUACCACACCAUACAAAACCACUCGCACGAAGUCGCUGUCUGGGGCAACAAACUCGACUAUCUGGGCAUCGUCUUCUUAAUCUGGGGCAGCUUCGUACCCAUCGUAUACUACGCUUUUGGCAGCGAACCAGAACUGCGAAGGACGUACUGGACCAUGAUCACGACGCUGGCAGCUGGCACGUCAGUCGCAGCAACACAUCCCAAAUUCCGCACUCCCGCAUUGCGACCUUUUCGAGCGCUCAUGUUUGUGCUCAUGGGACUUUCCGCUGUCUUCCCUGUACUUCAUGGCGUUCAACUGUACGGUGUCGAACAUCUGCGCAAGAGCAUUGGCUUGGAUUGGGUCCUUUUGCAGGGCGCGCUGUAUAUUGCUGGUGCCGCUAUCUAUGCUGCGAGAAUACCUGAGAAGUGGAGUCCUGGGAGUUACGAUAUCUGGGGCUCAAGCCAUCAGAUCUUUCACGUCUUGGUUGUUCUUGCGGCAGCUAGUCAUCUCGUGGCUUUGGUUACGGCGUUUGACUACGCACAUACGCACAGGAUGGACAAGGUGAUACAUGGUAUGGGAGGCAAGAUUUGGACAUGA